AUGUCUAACGCGGCUGGAUUUCGAGGAUCCUCACGCGUUGGUCUUUCUAAGAUAAGACCACUCACUGCAAAAGCAAGACCACCUUCCUCAAAAAAUCACGACAUCGAACUUCCAAACGGAAAUUAUCUUAAUGAGCACAAAGCAAAUCAGCUUUGGGCCGAUAUCGAGAGUGUAAAGCCGAGAGAAUACACAGUUGUCGAAGCUGAUGAGCUCAAAAGAACAAUGACUGUCAGCGCAUUACAAGAUACAUCAGGAAAAAUACAAUCUCUGAUCUCAAAAUUCGAUGAUAUCGAUCAAGAGACUGUAAUGAAUAUGGUUGCAGUCUAUGAAAGGGAAACUGGCAACGAAGUUUUCGAUGAAAAUAUAAUUUUAACAGAAUCAAAAGCAGGUGUUCUAGAUUUGAUAAGUCAAAUGAAAGAUCUUACAGAUUCCGAGAAAAUACUCAUUGAUACACUUAAAAUGUGGUUUGCACAGAUGAAUAAUAAAACGGAUUUAAAUGUCGAAUUAACAGACGUACCAAACGUAGAUCAUGUCAUUAAAGAUCUCGAGCGAAUUGUAUCAGAUGUUAAUGAGAAAUCCGAAAAAGUCGUCUUAAUUCACAAUGAUAUUUCUGAUUUCAUGUUCAAACAGAUAGGAGCACUUAAACGCAUCAUUACAAUCAAAAACGAAGACAUAUCAAAGCUCAAAAAGACAAUUGAUGAACAAAAUGCCGCAGCAGAGAAGCGAAAAAUCAAAAAGAAACAAGAAGCAGAUGCCAAAAAAGAAGCAGCAAGGGUUAAAGAGCAAUUUGAAGCACAAAUAAAGCAAAUGACAGAACUAAAGAACCAAGUUGACCAAUUAAAGAAACAAUUACAAGAUUCCGAAUUAAAAAGAAUUGCUGCACAAACAAAUCAACAACCAGAAAGAUCGAAUUCCCGAGAAAUGCUUGAAAUGAACAAUAAUCUUGCAAAUCUUAAGCUUGUUCAAGAAGAAAUGGAAAGUAUGUAUAAUAAGAAACUAGAAGAACUCAAAGCAGUCAUUGCACAAAGAGAUGACAAGAUAAAAGAUCAAGAUAAACAAAUGAACGGUGUUUUGGAAAAACUCAAAAAGAAAGAACAAGAAAUUUUUGAUUUAAACGCCGCUUUACAGAAACAAUUAAAGAUCAAUGCAAUAGAAAGUCAUAGACCACAACAAGCUCCACCUGAAGUAAAAGGUAUUUCCCAGAAGCAAUACGAAGAAGAGAAAGCAUUGAUGAUUUUACAACAUGGCGAAGAAAUCAAAAAAUUACAACAAGAAUUUUCAGAAGAAAUGAGAAGACAAUUAGAUGAUCAACGCGAAAGAUACAUGUCGGAAAGACGUGCCUUGUUAGCUACUGUUACUACAGGUGAUCAACAAGCUUUGUUGGCUUCAAUACAAGCGGAAUUCCAAAAGAGAAUUGAUGAUUUGAACCAAGAAAAAGAAGAAAUGAAACAAACGGCAAUGAACAAUUUGGCAUCGAAAUUGGCGUUAAUAACAAGACAAUAUGAACAUAGAAUUAAAGGAUUACAAGAGAAUCAUCAAGAUGAAAUGAAUAUUGCUUUGGAAUCAUUAAAGCAUGAUAGACAAAUCUUGGAACUCGAUUUCGAAGAAAAAUUCAAUGUAGAAGUCAGAAAAGUUGAAGCAGAAGCGAACGAAAAAGUUGAGAAACUGCAGAAGAGAAUCCAAGAACUUGAAAAUGCACAUAACAAUGACUUAGAAGUCAUUAAAAACAUCAACUCUAACAUAGACGAAUUUUGUCAAAAAUCAGGAGUUGACAGACAGAUUUUCAAGACAAAUUUGGAAACUUCUGAUGCAGAGAAAACAGAAAUUGCUGUUCCUAACAUUGCAAAUCAGAGUUUAGAGAUAAGUAAAUAUGCUGAAAAACUCAAAAUAGCAAGAGAAGAAAUGGAAAACCAAAACAAAUGGGAACUUGAAAAACAAAAGAAGUUUUAUGAUAGAGAAAUGACUAAAUUGGCUUCAAAUGUUCAGCAAGGAGUAAGAGACAAACUUGUUGAACUCCAAGAUUUAAUAAACAGGACAGGAAACAAAGAAACAAUUGAAAAUGUCAUGAAAAUGAUCGAAUCAACAACAAAUAUGUUUGAAACAAUGAAUGAACAAUUAAUUAAAAUGGAAGAUGUCCAAAAUGAACCAGUAAUUACUAUCAAUGAAGUUUCCGAGAAAACUAAAUCAUUGACAGAAAAAAUCAUUGAAUUAAGGCAGAAAAUGUCUGAUAUGGAACUCGAACAAGGAAAUGGAGCCAAAACAAUUGAUGACAUGAAGAGAGAACUAGAAAUGUUUAGAAGUUCUGCUAAUGGUGAUCAAACGAAACUGAAACAAUUAAUAGAUGAAAUGAAUGAAAAACAUUUGUUAGAAAUCCAAGAAAGAGAUAAAAUGAUCAAAGAUUUGAGUGAAUUAGGAAAUACAGCCAAGAAACAAAUUAAUUUCUCGAUGUCUGGUAAUGAAGGGAUCUUUAAUAACAGACAGAAAUUGAGUGUUGAUAUUGGGACAACAGCUACAAUUAACAAUCAAUUGAAAUUCACAGAAGAUGAAGUUCUUUUACAUGUUGAAAAUGUUGUUGUUAAAGAUGAGAAAGGAGAAGAAAAAGAAGUUCCUAUUCCUUCAGGAAUUUUACCAAAGAAAGAAGAACCAAAGCGUGAAAUCCAUCUUUCUGUACAACAAAAAGUCCAAUUCUUGAAUAUCAUUAAUGAAAAAGCUGCUCAAAUACAGAGAUUUGAUAAUAUUGUUAUUCAAAAUCAACAGCAGCAAGAACCAUUUGUUAAAACUCCAUCGAGAAAGAGAGCUAAAACUAUUAAAGUUAAAUCAGAGCCAAACAUAAAACCAAAACAACCAAAGCGUCCUUCAUCACCAUUAGUAAACAAAGAAGAACCAAAACUUGCUAAAACUCAAAUAAUUAAACCAAUCGAAAUCGCUGAAGAAGAAAAACCAAAAGAAUUACCAAAAGAAAUUAUUGAAGAAGAGAAACCUAAAGAAGAAACUGUUGUUGAAGAACCACCAAAAGUUAAUGAAGUUGUUGAAGAAGAAACAAAGAAAGUUGAAGAGGAAGAAGAGAAGAAAAAAGAAGAAAAACAAGUCCAAGAAGAACCAAAAGAAGAAAUCCAAGAAGAGGAAGAAGAAAUGAAUGAAUAUGAAGAAGAAUUUAUUGAAUACUUUGAUAUUUACACACAAACUGUUGAUCCAAUUACUCAUAAAUUGAAUUUGUUGGUUUCUGAACCAUUGAGUAAAGAAGAAGCCGAAUCAAUUACUAACUUAACUAUACCUUCUGGUCAUGAUUCAUUCCACAUAAGUCCAAGACAAGAAGAAUUACGAAUUGUCAUGACUUUUGUUGGUGAAAAAUAUUUGGCAAAGAAAUUUGAUUUAACAGAAAACACUGAAAUAUUUGAUCACCAAGUUCCAUUGCAAGAACCUAAAGAUGAAGUACAUUUAGGUAUAUCUAUUGUUAAUCAUUACUGCAGAUUAGAACCAAUAGUUAGCUUUGUUGUCAAAGAUCAUGAUGAAGGAUUUGUUCGAAAACUUGAAUUCCAUCACAUGGACAUUAUUUCAGCUGAAAUUGGUUAUGAGAGAAAGAAAGGCUUGGAAAUGGAUAUACAUUCAUUUGAAGUUCCUCUUGGACAAACACCUAAUCAUGGUUUCUUGGAUUCAAUCAAAGUUACUGCAUUUGAUAGACAAAAAGGUUUGUAUUCCAAGUUAAAGAAAGACUUGAGUGAAGCACAGAAACAAUUAGCAGAAAAACCAAUUGUUGUAUUAGUUAAAGAUCAUACAUUAGAUGAAAUUGCUAAACCUAAAUUCUCAAGAAGUGCAGGAAUUCCAUUAAGAGCAUAUACCAAUGAAAAUCUUGGAAUUCCAACACUUUCAAAGGAUUUGAUUAAUGGAUCAAGUUAUUUGACAUUGACAUCUGAUAUGUCAUCAGCGGAACUUCGAAAUGAUGCUGAAGAAGAAGAAGUUUACGAAGAAGAUUACGAAGAACAAACUAAUGAAAAUCAAAAUGAUCCAGCGCCUUCAGGAAGAAUUAAAAAGAUCAAAUCUUCGAGAUCCAAAUUAGAAAUGAAGAAGAUGAACAUACAAGACGUAAAUCUUCCUGAUAUCGAUAUCAACGCUGAUCCAUUUGGUUCAGGAAUCAAAUUACUUCAAACACAAAUGAGAGAAUUAAAGAUUUUCGGAGAUGACGAUAACGAAUGUGUUGAAAAAAUUGGAUCUGAUUCGAUGGCUUAUUACGCUUAUAUUGCAGCAGCUGGAUACACUGAUGAUGCGCAUUUCUCAUUCUUGGAUUCCAUCAAAGCCGCAAAGAACGAACAUGAUGAUUUACACACGAAACUCAUCAGAAUUAUUGGCAUUGGACAAACUUUAGUUAAAUGUGUUUCAACAAUGAAACAAAGAUAUGAAAGAACUUUGAAUGACUUGAAUUCUACAAAAGUUCAAGCAGUUAAGAGUGAAGUUAAGUUCCAACAAGAACUUGUUAAUUCUAUUCAACAACAAGCUGAUGAUCCAAAUGCUUCUUCUAAGAUGAAUCAAUUAAAUCAUCUCCAUAAACUUGAGAAUUCUCUUUCUGUUGUUGACAGUUUGAAACUUGUAAAAACAGAAGAAGAAGUUCAAAGAUACGACAUUUUGAUGGCAACUGUUUCUCAGUCAAUCAAACAAGUGAAAGAAGAUGUUGUCAUUCCUAAACAGCAAAUGGAUAAAAUCACAAAUGAUAUACAAGUUUUCAUUGCUGAAUUGAAUAAGAAUGAACUUGAACAGAUUUCUCAAGCAGAAGAAACAUCAUCAGAAGCGAAAAGAUUAAGAGUUCAAAGAGAUAAUUUAAGAAAAGAACUCAAAUCUAAACAAUUAGAAACAGAAACAUUACAAACAGAAGUAAAUAAACUUCAACAAAGAAUCGAAGAACUAAAGGAACAAAAGAAUGCAGAAGCUUCAUUAACACAAGCACAAUUAUCUAAUCUAAGAGAAGCAAUGGCUGCAGGAGAAGGAGCAACACCUGAUCAAGCUAAAGAUCAAUUCAAGAAACAUAUGUUGAAUAUGGUCAGUUUGUUAGAUGCUGUCAAUGCAGAAAAAUCAAUGUUAACAAGUAAAGUUAAUGAUUUAGAAGAUGAGUUAUCUCGUGCAUAUGAAAGAGAAAAGAAACUUCAAAUACAAGUAUCUGAUUUAAUUGAUGAUAAUAAUAAUUUCAAGAGAUCAAAUACUUCAUCAAUUAUGUUCAAAGAUGCCGAUAUUGAACACUUAAAAGAACAAUUAAAUGCUGAUAAAAUUGUUAAUGAAAGUCAAAGAAAACAAUUAGAAGAAGCAACAGCAAAUAAUGCAGUUCUUUUACAAGCAAACUCCAGAUUAGAAGAUGAUUUAUUCAACGCAAGAAGUGAAAUAAGACAGCUGAAAAUGCAAUUGGAAGAAUUAAACAUCCAAUUGACAUUAAAAUCCAAACAAAAUGCAAAUCAACCACUUCAAAAAGACAACAACUCACAAAAGAGUGUAAGUCUUAAGUUGCAAAAUCAUUCUAAACAAAACUCUUUGAAAGAUUAUCAAAAUCAACUACAAAGACAAUCAAUUGUUAAAAAUGAUAAUCAGAAACAACUUCCUCCAACACCUAAAGAGCAAAAACAAAAUGUCGAAGAAGAAAAACAAGAAAUUGUUGAAGAAAAGAAGGAAGAAGAAGAAAAACACGAAGAACAAAUAACACAACCUGUUAAAGAAGAAACAAAUGAACAUAUACAAUUAACAGAAACUAAACAUGAAGAAGAUGAAAUGGAAGAGCCAAAACAAGCUGAUUCUUCAUAUAAUUCUAAAGAAAACUUGUUUAGAAAUAGUUCUACUUAUGGUGAUGAAAUUGAUACAUUUGAAGAAAGCCUAGUUUUAAUUGACUUCCAGAAAGACAACUUUUCAACAUUAGGAGACAAUGCACCACAUUCAGUCCACAAUCCUUUGAACUUCCUUGGAAACAAGAAGAAGAAACUCAUAUUAACAGAAAGACCACAAACACAAACAAACAGACAAAGAAUGAGACAUACAACAUCAACAACUCCUUCUUUGCCAACGAAUACUGAUGUUGAUUUAACAAUAAACAAUGCAGUACAAGGUAAAAGACAAAUCUCUGGUGUCAGUGAGAAAGUCAGACCAACAACAAGGAUACAAGACACAACAGCUGUUGUUCUUGCAACAACAAAUAAUAAACCUGAAGGAGAUUUGCCAGUUAUAACUUCAAAUCUCAAAUUCCCACAGAUGAAUAUCGAACCACCAACGAAUAACAGGCCAAAGACAUCAAUGGGCAACUCAACAAGUAGAAGCCAACAAAUGAAAGCUCCUAUUCCUCCUCUUCCUGGAAUUGUCAUCGAUAAAACUCUCGAACAAAAUCCUCCAGAACCUGUCAGAAUUACUUUGAUGGUAAAUAAUUCAAUGACAAAUGAACUGAAAGCAAUAAAGAAACCAAUGGUUAUUCCGCCAUUGCCACCUCCUAUACAAGGAAACACAUCAGCAAGAAGUGAGAAUUUGUCAUUAAGAGGUAUGCAAAUUGCUCAGAAGAUUGAACAAAGACAGAACUUAGAAACAAUGAGAUUAAUUGAAAGAUUAAGAGAACAAAUCAAGAAAUUGGUCCAACAAAACGAAACUUCAGAGAAAACAAUUAUGACACAACGUCAAAAGAUCACUGAAUUGACACUGCAAUUACAUAGAACUAAAUUAGAUGUUAUCAAAGCAAAUGAUACAACAAAGAGAACACAAAUUAGAGCUGACAACAUUAAAUCAAGAAUUGAAAUUUGUUACAACGAAAUUUCACAACGCGAUGAUGAAAUCAGGAAACUCAAGCGAGAACUCAUUAUCCUCAAGAACUCUACAUCUCCUAUCAACGAAGCAUCAUCAAAGAUAAUGAUUGCAAAGCGCGAAAGAGAGAGAAUAAAACGCGAAAGAAGACAGAGACAAGAAAUGAAAGCUGCAACUCAAGAAGCUCUCAAAGCUGCUACAAACGAAGCAACUUACAAACAUCUCUCUACUUUGCUUGCAAACACAGAGUCAUCAAUGGCAAGACUCGAAGCAAACAAGAGAAUGUGGAAGGAAAUCGAAAGAAACCAAGUUAUGCUUGUUUUGGAAGCAAUGUCGCGUUUGUCUACAACGCAAGUUGAUAGAGUUAAAGCAAUGCUACCUGAGUUAUCACCAUUCAGAUCAAUAAGACAUGAAUAUAAGUUUGACGUCGUACAGAACAAUUCUGACGAAAUUGAAAAGAUUUCGCCAAAAGUUCAGUUCAGAGAGAACCCAGAAAGUAUCGGGCCAACUUAUGCUGAUAAGGUAAUGAUCAUGGAUAAGCUGGAUCCUCCAUUAACAAAUGAAGAAAGAAGAGAUAUUAUUAUGAGAAGAGAAAGUCCAGAAUUAACAAAGAGAUUAGUGGAUACACUCAAGAAACAAGAGAAAGAUAAUACAAUUACAAGUCAAGAAGUAAUCAAAACAGCUUAA